AUGGACCAGAAGAUAGUGUUCAGCGAGAAACUAUCAAAGGCAGAUGUUUUGAUUCUCAAGAACCUCGAGGCAGACAUCAAAGAUGUAUCAGCAAGGUCCCCUCCAUCCAAUGGUCACACCAACGGCAAAGCCAAUGGUCACACCACGACCGUCAAUGGCUCAACCCAAGGCCCAGAAGACGGCGUGAUCGGCGAGGAGGAAGCCGCCCGUGAUGAAGCAGCCCUGGCCAUGAUAUCGGGCAUGAACGACCCCAACAGCUCUUAUUUCGAGCCCUCCGUCUUCAACACCUGGGAUCUGAGCACGCUGGGCAAGCUGCCGCCCGUGCUGGACCGGCUGCUCAAGUCCUACGUCGAGUUGGGGAAGUCCAUCGUGCGCGUCGAGACGGACGUCGUCAUGCUCACACACUUGAUCCUGUACUUCACCACCUCGGUGCCCUCGGCCCUGUGGCUCUUCUAUCAUUUCACCUGGGUUCACGGCGUGAUGCAUACCGUCAUGCAGGUGUCAUACACCGGCGCCUACACGCUAAUGAUGCACCAGCACAUUCACGGUCGCGGCGUGCUGAACAAAUCAUACGCCUGGUUUGAUAUGACCUUCCCAUACCUGCUCGACCCUCUCAUGGGCCACACCUGGAACUCGUACUUCUACCAUCACGUGAAGCACCACCACGUCGAGGGUAACGGGCCUGACGACCUAAGCUCCACGAUCCGAUACCAGCGGGACAGCCUCUGGCACUUCCUGCAGUACGUGGGGCGGUUCUACUUCUUCGUCUGGUUCGAGCUGCCCCUCUACUUCCUGAGGAACAACAGGCCAACGUUCGCGCUCAAAGCGGCGUUCUGGGAGUUCAGCAGCUAUGCUCUGCAGUACACCAUGUGGAAGCUAAAUUGGAGGGCGUCCAUCUUUGUGUUCCUCCUGCCUCUGGCCAUUAUGCGCCUCGGGCUGAUGAUUGGCAACUGGGGCCAGCACGCGCUCGUGGACCGGGAUGAGCCAGAUAGCGACUACAGGUCGAGCAUCACGCUGAUCGAUGUCCCAAGCAACCGUCACUGUUUCAAUGACGGAUACCACACUUCGCACCAUCUCAACCCCAUGAGGCACUGGCGCGAGCACCCAGUGGCCUUCCUCAAGGCCAAGCAUACAUAUGCGUCGAACGGUGCCCUGGUCUUCCACGACAUCGACUACCUCUUCAUGACGGUCACGUUGCUGAGGAAAGACUAUGCGCGGCUGGCCGAGUGCAUGGUCCCUAUUGGUGAGAAGCAGAUCCGCAUGACGAUGGAGGAACGCGCGACGAUGCUUAGGAGGCACACGACUGCCUUCACGGAGGAGGAGAUCAAGGCCAAGUUCGGCAAUGCUGGUAAGACAGAGUGA